AGUGCGCUUGGGUACAGGUUGUCUGUGGAGGGCUGUGAAGACCAGUGCAGGGUUUGCCUGGGCGUGGCAACAGGGAAAGCAUUGCACCGCGUUCGUUAGUCACUGGCUGAUUUCAAGUGAAGUUACAAAAUAAGUGAGUGAAUGAUGGCAUCCUCCCUUCAGCGAGUGGAAUUUGGUAGUCUUCCUAAUGAGAUGCUGCUUCAAGUUCUGCAAUAUUUAACACCCAAAGAUCUUUGUCAUGUUGCAUUGUGCAAUAAAUCUUUGAGAGAAACAACCAAUCAUGAUGCUCUGUGGCGCCCUCUUUGUCAAGCAGAAGGAUGGAGGCACAUUGGUAGAGCUGAAGACCUUGACGAAAGCACUGCAUUCAUUCCUGUGGACAAGCAGAGCAAUGGUAAAGAUGUGAACUUCUCGUUCGAUACCGUUGUUAGUGGUACUGACUGGCCUGGACUGAUGGACACGUGCAAAUGGAAGACGGUCUACAUGAAAGCACAUCAUCUCGCAAGGAAAUGGAGGGAUAACAGUCACCACGUUGUCUCUUUCGAGUUUGGCUCGGAGGGAUGUGCUGGUCGGUUCAGUCCAACAAUAUGGGAUUCUCCCACUCAUUUGCGGAUAUAUAAUCUACAUGGAGAGGGUACCUACCUAGCAGCAGGAGUUUCGAAUGGCACAGUCAUGGUGUGGGAUAUGUACAGUGGGAAACUACAGCACACCAUACACGUAGACAUCUGUGACAAAAGCGAAUGCUUGAAAAUUAAAAAUGGCAUCAUAGCUGUAGGUUGUAGAGAUGGGAUGAUUCGUACAUACUCUGCCAAAACAGGGCAACAACUGCAGGCUAUGUCUCGUCAUCGACUUCCAGUAUCCAAAUUGUUUAUUGACGAUGACACAAUUGUCAGUGUCGCUCAGCCUACAGGCCGACAGCACACAAUUAUGGACAGUGACAUCCGAGUUUGGAGUUCAGCAAAUGGUGACCUUCGUUUUCUUUUUCGCAGAGAGGACAAUUCCAGAUCUAAGAUGGAACUCAUGGAUUAUGCGGAUAAAACGGUGGCCGCUGUUUAUGUUGACCGAUCAAUUCGGUUUUGGAAUGCACAGAGCGGUGUAUGCAUGCAUGUCAUAAUAACGAUUUUAAUGUGUAACUUUGUAGACAGGUUUACUUAUUGCCAUCUCAGCAACGGAACUCUCAUCAUUGGUGAUGAGACCAACACAGUAGAAUUGUUUGAUGUGAAAUCAGGGGAGUGCUACAAGACAUACCACAUUCGUUUUGAUCGUGACGAUGACAAAAGCGAUAAGAAAACAUCGUCAUAUGAGUUCUCUGGUGAGUUUCUCGCAAUCUUUGGUCCACAAUCAAUGUGGGGUACUGAUGUUAGUGUCUAUACCCUAGACGGCAAGUACAUUGGGAAGAUCAAGACUUCUGGAGAUUGUAAAGGUGUACUGAACUCAAGUUGUGUCCGCGGCAAUAAAUUGAUUGUCUGCGAUGAGAUGACAGGUGCCAGCUCAUUGUGGAUGAUUGACAGAGCGAAUGGCCUCCAGGCUGUGAAAGAUUUGAGAGGGAUUAUGUUUCAUGAUCUUGUGGGGACUAAAUUGCUAGGAUUUUGGAUGAGUGACACUAAACUAGCUUUCGCUCAUUACUUCGAUGAAACGUUGGAAGAGGGCCUGGACCAGGUACCACACAUCGUAGUUCACCACUAUUGGUGAAGGGAUGAGGGGUGAGUUGGACAUCUGGAUUCUCAUUGCUACAAGAAAGACUCUACAGCGUGUUGAUAUUUUGGGCAGACUGUGACAUAAUUUGCUGAAUAUGGUUGCUCAGUGUUUGGUCAGCUAAUUCAAUAUGUUCACAGCAUUAUGUGGUGUAUCGUGAUCCGUGCCCACAGCAUUAGCCAGAACAUCGGCUAAUGUUUGCAACCUACAUGUACAGUUAGCCAAGGGUUGGCACAUCUCAAUUUUGUUUCCAAGAAUAUUUUAAUAACACAGCUCCUUUGCUUAUACGCAUUGAUUUUCUACCAAUUGUUUCUUUAAUAAAAAGUCAUCUUUUUUGGUAAAAAGAUGAGAAAACAAAGAUUUUUGAGUUAAACACGAACAAAUAUAAACAGCAAGGAUGUGGUCAAUUAUUAUAGAAUACAACAAAGAGGCAUGUUGGCCUAGAAAAAUUACCAGGUAUAAAAAACAAAACGGUAGUGGAGAGGAGGUAGGUGUAAAAUUUAUCCAAAAUAUAUUAUUUGAUAUUUUACGACAAUAUAACCAUUUACUAAUACCCCUCGGAUGAUCAGCAACUGGUAUGUUAAAACAAAAACAAUGACAUUGUACUUGCACCAAUCGUGCAGUGGAAUGGGCGUUAAUCCAAUGCUGAAUCCAAGACUCCUUCAGAAUUUUGUCUUUUUCCCAAAGCAAUUCUAAGUUUGCUUUAUUUCAGUCAUUUAAUGAACUUUAAACAAAAUGUGUAUUAUGCUACAACAUAGAGUAAAACUUUAACACAUAAGUGAUCUUUUUAACUACACAAGUGUUGAAAAUGAACAUUGGAAAAAAGUGAAUUCAAAAAGCGUGAAUUCGAUUCUUAGUUGGUUGGAAUAGUCUGUAAUAAGCUUGGUAAUCUCGAUGUCAAUUGGUUACCAAAUAGGAAUCAAGACAUGUCUCUGUCCUCACUAUUUAUGUUUGGGGGAAGAGACAAAGCUGCAACAUUGAACAAUAUCGACCUCAAUAGCACCGUGAUCGAAAGUAUUAUAUUAAGAUAUAUCAGAAGUUGAAAUUGUAUAACGGUUUACCAAAAUGGAAUAGUGAUAUUUCAGAAAGAGCGAAAACAAGAUAGGCAUUUCUUUGACUGAAGCCACAGAAACUAAUUUGAAAUAGUGAAGUUGGAAUUGUAUAACGGUUUACCAAAAUGGAAUAGUGAUAUUUCAGAAAGAGCGAAAACAAGAUAGGCAUUUCUUUGACUGCAGCCACAGAAACUAAUUUGAAAUAGUGCUUUCCUAAAAUGUAAUUAACGCCAGUAAAAAGCAGGGUUGGUUCAUUUGUUUGUGUUCCCUUUUUUCCCUGGUCACAUUCCCUUCAAUGCAUGUAUACUGUCGUCAUUUGUUCAUUCAUUUGCGUUAAAAUAAAGGGUGAUGACCAAAUGCAGAGUU